GAGUUAAAGAAACUAGUUUGUAUAUUACCUCACAUCAAUUGGAUGCCAAACUUAAAGCACACCGGCGGCGUUCGCGGGCGCUUCCGCUGUCUGCCCGCAGCCACGAGCAGCCUAGACUCGGCCAAAAAGGUCAGCCUUAGCUUCGCUGAAUCCAUGACGCAUAAAUGAGCGAUCCACGAUCUGUUAUUUCCGCCAGCGUUGGUUGCGUCUGCAGCUCAGGUCCCACUGCACAGACAGCACGCGGCGAUUUUCUCAUCCAUAUGCAUAGCAAGGUCGGGCCCAUACUGUAAUGCAAGAUCGCGCAAGCAAUGCAUACAUUGGCAGCUGCCGCGAGUACGCGCUUAUGAUAAAUUUAGGCUGGGCUGCCUCUGAAAGCGUCGGACUCGAUGUCGUCACGUGAACUCACAGCUCACGUUUACAACGACAGCGCAGUAAUUAGACCCAGAGCUGUAGGCCCCGCUGUUCACGGCAAUUUGAAACACAUCGAGCAUGCGCACCGAAGCGCGGCGUCCAAACGCUUUGUGGCCUUUGCGGGUGUGCAAGGUCCUGCCGCGCAUGGCACUGACGGGCACUCAAGCGGCUGUACACAUAGCCCUUGCAAGGCAACCCCAGCUGUGGGCGAGGCUGCAACCUCUUCUGGCAGUGACCCACGAAGGCACGAACGGCACCAAAGAGGCUGGUAGGCUGCAGCGGCUGUGUGUCGUGCCGGGGCCGAAGAAAGACCUGCAGCCGUGACAAACUGCGUCCAUUAUUCGUGCACCUCGUGCUCCCUGGCUCUUGUACCCGAUACUCCUGUGUUAGACACAGGGGCAGGGUAAAUUUGGAAGGGCGUUGAAGAUGUCCAGCGGAUGUGCAGCGGGAGAUUGCUUGUUCACAGCGGCGCUAAUGAGAGGCAUACGUAUGGGCCCAGCGUGAUGGUGGCUUACCGGCGUCACAGGCGCCACCGCCGUGCGCCCGUGCCUCUCACGCCGUCUGGGUCUUGGGGCGUUCCGCCCACAUGACUGCACACGGGAGCGCGGCUGGAAGUUAUGUAGCAGCCCGUUCUGCCUGAUGCAAUGCUGGACAAGGCCCUACCGUACGUAUCCCACAGACUACCGA